CCACACACAAACAAAAUAUUGACCACAUUCCCUACUUCGCUACAGGGCGAGGCACAUUUUUUUGGGGCCUGGAGCCGUCUUGCGCCUUUAUCGAACCAACAUGUGGAUAUAUUUGUGUUCAGCUCUUGUUGCUGCUCUCCCCCUGGUAGUUUUGACUGUUAAACGACUUUUUCCGUAUCUUUGGGCGGAUAUCUUAUAUAUCAGAGAUCUUGUGAGGAUUUUGCUCAAGUUCGCGUGGAGGCGCAGGCGAUCCGUCUUCUUCGCUUUGGAUCGCUUUUUGGAGCAAACCGUGACGCGACCGGACAAACCGUUUGUGGUGUUCGAGAAUGACGUCUACACGUUCGCGUCGACGGAUCGGACGAGCAACCGGGUGGCGAACGCGCUCCUCGCCCACCCGGGCUACGCAGCCGGAGACGCCGUGGCCCUGUUUAUGCCCAACGAGCCCGCCUUCAUUUUUACCUGGCUGGCCCUGGCCAAACUGGGCUCUCCGGUGGCCCUGCUAAACUACAACAUCCGAACCAAGUCUCUGCUGCACUGCUUCAACUGCAGCAAGGCCAGGGUGCUCAUUGCAGCUGCAGGCCUGAAGGAAGCAGUCGAGGAUGUUCUGCCAUCUCUUCGAGAGCAAGGAGUCCUCGUGCUCCUGAUGGUCCAAAGCUGUGAUACACCUGGCAUCCAAAGCUUCUCCGAUAAAGUGGAUCAAGCGUCAGACGCCGCCAUUCCGUGCUCACUCAGAGCACACAUCACAUACAAAAGUCCUGCCGUUUAUAUUUACACAUCUGGGACCACAGGCCUGCCCAAAGCAGCAGUGGUCAACCAGAACCGCCUUCUAAUAGCUCUCGCUGUUUUAUCUGCAAAUGGUGUUUCAUCGAGUGACGUCAUUUAUCUCAACUUGCCUCUGUACCACACAGCAGGAUUCAUUAUAGGCUUUAUCGGCUCCAUUGAAACAGGGUCCACAAUCAUUCUGAAGAGAAAGUUUUCGGCCUCUCAGUUCUGGGAUGACUGCAGGAAAUACAAUGUCACAGUCAUACAGUACAUCGGAGAAGUGAUGCGCUACCUCUGCAGCACACCCAAGAAAGAAAAUGACAAGGACCACAAAGUGCGAAUGGCCAUUGGCAAUGGAAUCCGAGGGGAGAUAUGGCGGGAGUUUCUGAACCGCUUCGGGAACAUUCAGGUCAAAGAGUUUUAUGCCUCCACCGAGGGGAAUGUAGGAUUUGUCAACUAUGCAGGGAAAAUUGGAGCCCUCGGAAGGGUCAACUUUGUACACAGGAUAUUGUUUCCUUACAGUCUCAUCAAGUAUGAUACAGAGCGUGAUGAGGUGAUUCGAGGUGCUGACGGUCUCUGCAUCGAGGCACCCAAAGGGGAGACUGGACUGUUGGUAUCCAAGAUUACCAACAUAGCUCCCUUUGUCGGCUAUGCCCAGAACGAAGACCAAACGGAGCGCAAGAGACUCCGUGACGUUUUCAAAAAGGGAGAUCUGUACUUCAACAGCGGAGACCUGAUGAGGAUUGACAAAGACAACUUCAUUUACUUUCAGGAUCGUGUAGGUGACACAUUCAGGUGGAAAGGUGAGAAUGUGGCUACAACAGAGGUUUCUGACAUCUUGACACUGACGGAUUGUCUCAAAGAAGCCAAUGUUUACGGGGUCCAAGUUCCAGGGCACGAGGGACGCAUAGGAAUGGCUGCUGUCACUGUAAAGGAAGGUGCCCAGUUCGAUGGAAGUAAAAUCUAUAAUCACGUUGUUAGUUACCUCCCUGCAUAUGCCAGGCCACGCUUUAUUAGGAUAAAGGAUGUGGUGGAGUUGACAGGGACGUUCAAGCAAAUGAAAGUGAAGUUGGUGGAGGAGAAUUUUGAUCCAGGACGAAUCCAGGACCCUCUGUACAUUCUCGAUGACGAGCACAAGAGUUACAUACCUCUGACAGCUCAGAUCCACAGCUCCAUCAUAACAGGAAGUACUAAGCUGUAGACCAAUUCUCACUCGCACCGCUGGCUUUGCAGGGUGGCUGCAGAGGUCCUUAUAUUGAACAUUCAGCUCAGGGAUCCCUGCUUGCCUUUUAACAAUCAAGGACCGUAUAGAGUCCCGCUUAUUAAGAGCAGACGAUGGGAAAAAGAAGUGACCCACUCUGGCAAGUAAAAUGAAGUCACGAUAAUUUGUACAUAACUUACAGCAUGUACCAGCAAGUCCUCAUGAAUAGUCAACGGUUUACAUGAAAAGUAAUGCCCAAUGGUGUUUGCAGAUUCAGUUUUGAUAAAUCUGCAAAUUGUGUUGACCAUGACGGUGACUAACAGAACAUGGAUCAGUGGAGUGUAAUCAGAUUAAUUAGCAUGUCUGCACAUGUCAUCAUUGUCAAGUGGUGCCUUAAGAUACUAGUGACCCGACUUACCCGGACGAUAUGUGUGUUUCGAGUUACGAACAUGGUCAAGAACAAAUUCAGGUGGUAUGUCAAGGCACCUCUGUACUUUUGAUUAAACAGUUGCAGAGUAAAGAAAAAGAUCUGCACGUAAAAAAUAAUUGUUGUGUCCCUCUGUUAAUGAAAGAAAAGCCCACAUCUGUCAAUGAAAUAACUUGAAACAGACAAAAGUCAAAAGUCAGUGGCCGUUUGCCAUAUUGUUAUUGACAAGCCAAAAAGCUCCUGGGAAAAUGUCUUUUUGCGCAGCUGAGCCAACACUGGAGCUUUUUGGCAAGACGCAAAAAUGAAGCAGGGCCAGAAAAAAAAAAAACUGUCUGAAUGUGAAACUGGGCCUGCUUUGCUACAACUGGCACUGGGUGUUCUAAAUAUGUGCCGGCUCGUUUCUGAAAGCUUGGUCACAACGCAGGACAUGGGUCUUCCAAUAGGACAAUGACCUAAGACAAACUUUUUUUUAAACUGCUUAGAGCAAACAAUUGGACUAGUCAGAGGUGGCCUUCUAUGAUCUGAAUUUGGUUGAAACAAACCCUUCAAAAACUGCAACUGGGCCAAAACACUCAUUGACAGUCAAACAAAUGGUUUGCUUGCAGUGAUUGCCUCAAACGUUUGUGCAAGAAAAUAUUAAGACAAUUGUACCAUUUUUGUCCAUGUCUGUUCAUUAAUUUGAUUUGACAAUAAUUCUCUUAAAGCGUAAUUCAAAAGCAAUGCCUGAGUUUUAAGUUAUUUCAUUGUCAGAGGGGUACCAACAAUUUUGUAUAUGUUUAUACAGUAUAUUUAUAUUCUGGGAAGAAAGCAUUAGUUUCUGAAUAUAUAUAUAUUUUUAUUGUGUAUUAAAAUGAAACCAAGUAACCAAUUAAA